ACUCUUUCAUCACCCAACUCGCCGCUUCAUCUUCUCCACAAAAAACCCUCACCAAACCCCUCUUUUUCCCCUCCUCUCCGCCGCCGCGGCGUAAAGCCUAAUCGCUUGCUGCAGUAGUUGUGUCACCGCAUCAACCGCUAGCUAGCAAUGGCGUCUGUAUCCUCAGCCUCUGAAAUCGCCAUCGAAGGACCUGUCCUCAGUCUAGUGAACAAGCGCCUUCGAGCCUUGAGGAAGAAGCUUAACCGCAUAAAUCAGAUGGAGGAGUCUCGGUGUCAAGGCAAAACGCUCAAUAAGGAGCAAGAAGAGACCCUACUUACCAAACCCUCGCUCCUCGCCGGCAUUGACGAACUCGAAAAACUUCGCCUGCCUCUCUCGCGAGCAGUGGAUCAGGAAAUUGAACUCUACAUGGAGAAAAAUAAGCAAAAAUCUGAUGUGACUGCAGAAAUCCAGAAUGAGGCGGAACCGGAAGCGAAUGGGGAAUACGACGGCGUUUCGGAGGUUUCUGAUCUGCUUAAUCUUCUGUACUUUGCUACAGUUUUCGAUGUGAAGACAUUGAUGAGGGCUCACGAUAAUAUGCUUACGAGAACGCACGAGAGGAACUGCUGCUUAACUUAUGAUUACGUCACCGAUGAAGAUACUGCAGAGGAUCCUCUGAAAGAGUGGGAUUUAGACAUAAUUGCUACACUUGGAGCAAUGCUAACUUCACGCCCAGUUAACUCACGCCUGUCGCAUAAGAACGCGUUGCAGAAGUGUGUGGAGCAUGCCAAGUUGUGGCUUGCGAAAGCAGAUCAGCCGAUUGAGCCCGACUCCACCAUCACUUAUGCUGGCUUGAGGGAAAAGUUGAGUAAAAUUAUGGCUUCAGACUACUUCACUACUGCUCCAGAAAUAAAAGCCCCGGUGGAAGUGGCAGCUGCUGCUGGAGAUUAUGUUUUUCAAUUGCCUGGGCAUGCAUCCAUUACCAUACCAGUCAGUGCGUCUGAACCAACAGAAGGAUCGGCUGUGAAUUCCCAGAAAGAGGAAGAACAAUCCCCCACUUCACCCAGCAACGAUGUUUAUUACGACGAAACUGGAAAAGCCCAUCAAGAAGUUUCUGAGGUAGAGAAUGUAUCAGAGGUCCAGCCUCAAGCAGAGCACGCCAUCCCUGAUACAGAAAUCGAACAAAAUUCAAGGGAUGAGGACUUGAAAGAGCAGCAGCACACCACUCGGAAACCAUAUCAAAAUUACAGAGGUGGCCGUGGUGGCGCCAACCGUAGAGGAUAUGGAAACAGCCGUGGAGGGAGAGGCAACGGCCGAGGCGAUUAUCAGAAUGGGCGCAACCUAUACUACGACCAACCUGGCGGUUAUUACCCGAGGAACAAUUAUAAUUACAGAGGGCGAGGCGGGAGGGGUGCAGGCCCCCCCAACUAUAGUCGCCACCACGCUCCUGUAGUUCACGAAAACCAUUCCCAAGUGACAUCGUGAACUCAUUCCCUUAAGGUGGUUGUGAUCGUUGGUGGUAUUCCGACUAGAAAGUCGGUAGUUGGAGGCACUGUGCCUAUUAGUCUAAGGUAUUUAUGGUUGUCUCCAGGUAACAUCUGUUUUUUUGUAGUUGAGAUUAAUGGAAUCUUUUGAACUGAAAUGCUGCUCUGCCGUAUUAAGAUUAUUAUUAUUAUUAUUAUUAUUUGAAAACAAAAUUAUUA